AAAUUUUCUCAGCAAAAAUGCAUGUGGAGGAGCUGCGCGCCAGUCUGCAGAGCUUCGGCUGGCCGGACUAUCUGGUCUUCUGCAUGAUGCUGGCCAUCUGCGCCGUCAUUGGCAUCUACUUCUGCCUGCAGCUGCGUCGCGAGUCCCGCAAGCAGCGGCUCAGCGGCGGCGCCGAGGAGGCGGCCAGCAGCGCAGCCUCCUAUCUGGUGGGCGGCAGGCAGAUGAAGAUAUUUCCCAUCACCAUGUCGCUGAUAUCGAGCUUCAUCUCGGGCAUCACGCUGCUGGGCACACCCACGGAGGUGUAUCUGUAUGGGGCCCAGUACAUGUACAUCAUGGGAUCGCUGGUGCUGAUGGGCUUCUGCAUGUACUACCUCUUCCUGCCAGUGUUCCACGAGCUCAAUCUGAUAUCCACAUAUAAGUACCUGGAACAGCGCUACAAUCGCAGUCUGCGGCUUUUUGGCUCCGUCAUGUUCAUUGUGGCUUCGCUGCUUUGGCUGCCGAUUGUGAUCUAUGUGCCGGCCAUAGCCUUCAACCAGGCCACCGGGGUGAACAUCCACAUAGUGACGCCCAUUGUGUGUGUCGUGUGCAUCUUCUACACGUGCAUUGGCGGGCUGAAGGCGGUCGUCUGGACGGACGUCAUCCAGACCAUCAUCAUGUUCGGUGCGAUGGCGCUGGUGCUGAUCAAGGGCACCCUGGACAUCGGGGGACCGAGCGUUGUGUGGCAGAGGGCCCAGGAGACGGCGCGCCUGGAGAGGCCCAACUUUGCGCCGGACAUCACCGAGCGGUACACCUUCUACUCGCUGGUGCUCGGCGGCGUGGCCCACUGGCUCAAGUCGAAUGCCAUCAGCCAGAACAUGAUCCAGCGCUACCUGUCGCUGCCCACCCUCCGAGAUGCCCGCAUCGCCAUCUGGACCUUCAUUGCCGGAGUGCUGGCCUUCCUCAUGAUCUGCGGCUAUACGGGUCUCCUCAUCUACGCCACCUACGCCCAGUGCGAUCCCCUGGAGACCAAGCUGGCCCAGCGCAACGACCAGCUGCUCCCCCUGCUCGUCAUGGAGACCCUCGGCUCGUAUCCGGGCCUGCCCGGUGUGUUUGUGGCCGGCGUCUUUAGUGCGGCGCUCUCCUCGCUCUCCACCGGCCUCAACUCCCUGUCGGCCGUCGUGCUGGAGGAUUUCGUGAAGACCUUCAGGCGUCAGCCGCUAACCGAGGGCCAAACGGCCUUCGUGAUGCGCAGCGUCGUCGUCGUCUUUGGCAUCGUCUUUGUGGCGCUGGUCUUUGCCGUGGAGAAGCUGGGCGCCGUCCUCCAGCUGACCAUCACGCUCUCCUCGGUGGCCAAUGGGCCGCUGCUGGGCAUCUUCACGGCCGGCGUCAUGCUGCCGUGGGUCAACUCCAAGGGAGCGCUGCUCGGCGGCUUCAGUUCGCUGCUGGUCAUGGCCUGGAUGUGCGUCAGCGCCCAGCGGGAUCUGGUGACGGGCAAUCUGGUCUACCAGCGCAAGCCCUACUCCACGAUGGGCUGCAACUACACCUUUGCCGGCGAGCCGGGCAACUUUGCCAGUCCUGCCGCUGGACGGUGCCUUCAGGCACCCAGUGGGCCGUUCCAGCUGUAUCGCAUCUCCUAUCUCUACUUCACGCUCUUCGGGGCACUGCUGACCAUCGUGGUGGCGCUCGUCACCAGCCUGCUGCUGCGGGAAACGGACCUGGACGCCGUCGACACGCGGCUGCUUACCCCGUUCGUGCGCCGCUGGCUGGAGCGACGUCGCCAAAGGCAAUCCCAGAUCCCCAGCAGGACGCCAGCAGAUGGACUCAAGCAAAAGGCUCCUCCCAUGCAGGAGACGGCCACGUGAAGCGCAAG